AACAAAGCACUUCCCAGCCAUUUCCAAUUUCCAAAAAUCAUAAAACAGAACAAUCGGCAGCAUUGUCAAAUUCUCAAGACGUCCAUACAGCGCGCCACCAACGUCUGUGUGCGCCUCACUAGUGUGCGUUUGAGUGUGUGCGUGCACCCACCCUAGGAACAGGCCCCGCCCCCUGAUGCUCACACGGCUGACUUGGAAUCAGAUGGCUGGGCCAGUCGCUAGCCAGCCGUGACAUCGUGAACGGUUGGCAGGGUAUUUCUCACCCGAUACUUUAGGGCAUUAGGGUUACGCUACAGUAACCAUCGAGACACCGAAAGGUUUUAUCGACUGUGAUGUUUGAUGUGUUUGUGUUGGACUGUUAGUGUGAUUUGAGGUCACAAAGGUGAAGCGCGGAAGUGAAAAAAACAGUAAAGCCGCGUUCAAUGACCGUUUAGACUUAAGUGUCAACCCUGUGUCGUUAUUUGAUUAGCGUGCGCCAAUAAGAAGCGCGUAUUCGGUGAUAAGUACUUAAACUCUGCCAGGGUUGUCAAAAACAAGUGCGUAAAGAAACAGUCAUUGCGCUGGUCGCGGAUCGUUCCGUGUGGGGGGCAGGCAGCGGGGUGGCGCUGCACGGGGGGUGGGGGCGGCCGGCGCCGGCGCACGCCGCCACCACGCUGGUCGGCGGGCUGGUGCCGCCGCGGGAACCAACCACGGCGGCGGAAGCGUUCUGGAAGAUGCCACACAAAGACGAGCUCAUGCAUAGCGCCGCGAUGGGCGGAGGGGCGCUCUUCGGGUGCUCCUCCGCCGGCCACAGCGGGAUCAACCAGCUCGGAGGGGUCUACGUCAACGGGAGGCCGCUGCCGGACUCCACGAGGCAGAAGAUCGUGGAGCUGGCGCACUCGGGUGCGCGGCCCUGCGACAUCAGCCGCAUCCUGCAGGUCUCCAACGGCUGCGUGUCCAAGAUACUCGGCAGAUAUUACGAGACGGGGUCGAUCAAGCCCCGCGCCAUCGGGGGUUCGAAGCCGCGGGUAGCCACGACCCCGGUAGUGUCCAAGAUCGCCGACUACAAGCGGGAGUGCCCCUCGAUCUUCGCGUGGGAGAUCCGAGAUCGCCUGCUCAGCGAAAACGUGUGCAAUAAUGACAAUAUACCUAGCGUCUCUUCAAUAAACCGAGUACUCCGCAACCUAGCAUCGCAGAAAGAACAAGCUGCGUCCGCGCAGAACGACAGCGUGUACGAGAAGUUACGAAUGUUCAACGGCCAAGCGGCGACGGGGUGGUGGUAUCCGGGGCUACCAGCGCCCGCGCCGACGUUGCCAGCGCCGCUGCCGCCCCAGCUGAACCGGCCGAGCAGUGAGGAGCAUAAGAGAGACCAUCUCCCCACAGCGGACGCGCUGCAGUCUGAAGCUGGUUCAGACGGGAACAGCGAACACGCCUCCUCAGGAGACGAGGACUCGCAGAUGAGGCUACGGCUGAAGAGGAAGCUGCAGAGGAACAGGACGUCCUUCACUAAUGACCAGAUAGACAGCCUUGAAAAAGAGUUCGAACGAACGCACUACCCCGACGUGUUCGCGCGGGAACGACUGGCCGAAAAGAUAGGAUUGCCUGAGGCACGUAUCCAGGUGUGGUUCUCAAACCGGCGGGCGAAAUGGCGAAGGGAAGAGAAACUAAGAAGUCAGCGGCGAGACGCGCCAGCUGCCUCACCACCCGCACCACCAGCACCGCGUCUACCACUUAACGGGGGCUUUAACUCAAUGUACAGCCCGAUACCGCAACCUAUCUCUACGAUGAGUGAUACCUACAGCUCGAUGUCCGGCGGUCUCUCGUCCUCCUGCCUGCAACAGCGCGACGGCGGGUACCCGUACAUGUUCGGCGACGUGCUUGGCAACGGCGGGUACGCUCGAGCGCCGGCCGCGCAUCAACACGCGGCGUAUAGUCAGCCCCAAGCCGCCGCUAGCACCGGUGUAAUAUCGGCCGGCGUCUCAGUCCCCGUCCAAAUACCAUCGCAGGGGCCCGACCUCGCUUCCAACUACUGGGGCCGACUCCAGUGAUCGCAGCUUUUCGGGUUCCCGCGCCUACUGAUGCCCGAGAACCCGACAGAGCCAUCUAGCGAAAUGCCGCACAACUACGACCUCGCGAUGAACGCUCUCAACAUGACCGCUGGACAUGACGCCAUUGAGAUGCCGGAGACAGUAUCGUAAGUCAGAGAAGAAAGCAACUGAUGAUGUUCAAAUCGUAGUUUUAAGCGGCGCGCGUGGUAAACUAUGCUG